GAAGAAAGAGAAGCGAGAAGAUUGCCACAAAGCAACGUUGAAGAUAUAGCUUAGCUUCAACGUUGAAGAAGUUAGCUGACUCCUUUUAAAUCUCAUGGCGACCCUCAUGUCAUGCGUUACUUCCAAAACGUUGGCGCCAUGCACACCAGAGGUUUCUCGGCAACAACGGGACACAUGUAUUUGGGUAUCAGCUCAUCGCCGGCAGAUCCGAAUCGGCUUAACCAUGAAGUCUUGGGGCACCAGCUGUACUGUUCCGCCGAUGCGGAUAAGAGGAGCAACACGAAUUACUGCAGUUGGUUCCGCUCCUGGAGAAUUGCUAGAAGAAAAAUCACCAAUACCCAACAAAGAGGCCGCAAUUAGUUCUGACCCUGGGGAAUUACCAGGAAAAUCCCCGCCGCCCAACAAAUCUUCAUUGGUAACGGUGGUCGUUGGUGGCGUCUUUGGAGCAGUAUCCUUUUACGGACAGAUGAGAGCAAUGGAAGAGAAUGUGGAGAAGACAGCAGAGGUAGCAAUCGAGACUAUCGAGAAAGCGGCGGAUGUGGUUGACAAACUUGCUGACGAAGUCAUAGCAUUUCCUGGUAAUGAAAACCUUAAGAAGGCAGCCUUCAGGAUCAAAGCCAUCGCGGGAGAGAUAGAGAAGGAUGCAGAGGAAGCCGAGGCCCUAAUCCACAAGGUUGAAGAGAUAGAAAAGGAGGUGGAUGCUGCAGUGGAUACUUUCAUGGGGAAGGGCAUGAAGAAGGGAUCGAGAUGAAUGGGAUAAGAAAUAAAAGUAACAGUUACUAAUAGUAGAAGUUAACAAAUAAAUAUAGGAUCAUCUUCUCAUUGGAUGGUAAGCCAUAUCGAUGCAUGCAGGCUUGCACACCCCGAUUUUGAGUCCAUUGUUUACCUAUGUCCACGUUCUAUGUUAGAAAAUACAGGGGACACAAGCAUAGUUUCUACCAUGGCUAUACCGAAACAUACAUGAAAAGUAGUCAUAUAUGUACGAAUAGAGCUUUCUUCUUUGUUGUCCAGAUCUCAUAAUGAGAUUGAGUGUGUACAAUUUACCAUGCGUAUGCAAGUAGAAUUCCACAGGCCCUUCUUUUAGAGAGGGAAACUCUUUAGGGGGAGAUCUGAAUCCUAACACUCUUUUUUUUCUAAAUCCCAACACUUUGUUUCGUCCCCUAAAUUCUGGACUUCUCUAAGCCUCAUCGUUACAAUUCCUUCCACAAGUUUCUCUAGUGUGGAUGCUUGGAGCUGUAAAUAUAUCUGCUAGAUUAUCACAUGGCUUAGUAUGUUGUAUAUUUACCUUGUUCAUCUUUGCAAUUCAUGAGCACAAGAACGUGUAUGCUUCAUGAGUGUAGUAUUCACAUAGCUAGUUUGAAGUUGCACAACACAAGCUGCAUUAUCUUCAUAGAUAGUGGUCGGUGCUUUGGCAACAACAUGUUCACAUGAUGUUUUUAUUCGGCGUGUAAUUAUCCAAAGCCAUAUACAUUCUUGUGAUGAUUGAUAUUAUACAA